CAUUUUCGGUGAGGAGAGAGGCGGAGCCAAGGCCGCUCAGUCAGCGCUGAGGGAAGCCGGGGAAGGAUUGGACCUCCGCUCGGCUGUGGUGGUGGCGGCGGCCGUAGUAACAGCGGCGGUGGCGAGGCCAGCCCCCGCUCCGCGACUGACAGCCGGCCACGGCGGAGGAGUCAUAGCCGGGAAUGUAUGACAACAUGUCCACAAUGGUGUAUCUAAAGGAAGAGAAGUUGGAGAAGCUGACCCAGGAUGAAAUUAUUUCCAAAACUAAGCAAGUGAUUCAGGGAUUAGAAGCACUGAAGAAUGAGCACAAUUCCAUCCUACAGAGUUUACUUGAGACACUCAAGUGUUUGAAGAAAGACGAUGAGACCAAUCUGGUGGAAGAAAAAUCAAACAUGAUUCGCAAGUCUCUCGAGAUGUUGGAACUUGGACUUAGCGAAGCACAGGUAAUGAUGGCCUUGUCAAAUCACUUAAACGCAGUGGAGUCAGAGAAGCAGAAAUUACGUGCCCAGGUUCGCAGGCUAUGCCAGGAAAAUCAGUGGCUGAGGGAUGAGCUGGCCAAUACUCAACAGAAACUGCAGAAGAGUGAACAGUCUGUGGCUCAGCUGGAGGAGGAAAAGAAGCACUUAGAAUUCAUGAACCAGUUAAAGAAAUACGACGAUGAUAUUUCCCCUUCAGAGGAUAAAGACUCCGACUCAACCAAAGAACCACUGGAUGAUUUGUUCCCCAAUGACGAAGAUGACCAAGGGCAAGGAAUGCAACAGCCACAUAGCAGUGCGGCAGCUGCUGCCCAACAGGGUGGCUAUGAGAUCCCCGCAAGAUUAAGGACCCUUCAUAAUCUUGUCAUUCAGUAUGCAUCCCAGGGCAGGUACGAGGUUGCCGUACCCCUCUGUAAGCAAGCACUUGAAGACCUGGAGAAAACCUCGGGCCACGAUCACCCUGAUGUUGCCACUAUGUUGAACAUACUUGCGUUGGUGUACAGGGACCAGAAUAAAUACAAAGAUGCUGCAAACCUGUUGAACGAUGCCUUGGCUAUUCGCGAGAAGACCUUGGGCAAAGAUCAUCCAGCGGUUGCAGCAACUUUAAACAACCUUGCAGUGCUUUAUGGGAAAAGAGGAAAAUAUAAGGAAGCGGAGCCUUUAUGCAAGAGGGCUUUGGAGAUCAGAGAGAAGGUAUUGGGAAAAGAUCAUCCAGAUGUUGCCAAACAGCUAAAUAAUCUGGCCUUGCUGUGUCAGAACCAGGGUAAAUACGAAGAAGUGGAAUACUAUUACCAGCGAGCACUUGAGAUCUACCAAACAAAACUGGGACCAGAUGAUCCAAAUGUAGCAAAGACAAAGAACAAUUUGGCAUCCUGCUACCUGAAACAAGGCAAAUUCAAACAAGCAGAAACUUUAUACAAAGAGAUCCUCACUCGUGCCCACGAAAGGGAAUUUGGCUCUGUGGAUGAUGAAAACAAGCCCAUCUGGAUGCAUGCUGAAGAGAGAGAAGAGUGCAAAGGAAAGCAAAAAGAUGGCACGACAUUCAGUGAAUACGGAGGCUGGUACAAAGCUUGCAAAGUUGACAGUCCAACAGUCACAACUACCUUAAAGAAUCUCGGAGCACUUUACAGACGCCAAGGCAAGUACGAGGCAGCCGAAACAUUAGAAGAAGCAGCAAUGAGGUCCCGUAAACAGGGUCUUGACAAUGUUCACAAACAGAGAGUUGCAGAAGUCCUGAACGACCCGGAAAGUAUAGAGAGAAGGCGAAGCCGCGAGAGCCUCAAUGUCGACGUGGUAAAGUAUGAGAGCGGCCCUGACGGAGGAGAGGAAGUGAGUAUGAGCGUAGAAUGGAAUGGGGCCUAGAUGCCUUUUCUGAUUCUUACACUGUCUUCUGCAUGGCCGGGGCGUGCACCGUCUUGAAGCUCUAACUUCUCUUCACUACUGACUGCUGUGUAUUUAGCAAUCCUUUAAGAUAUUCUUGUCAGAGCUACACUUCUUUUUUUUAACACGGCCAUUCCUUCAGUGCUGGUGUCUCUUUUUUUGGUGGGACCGAGGAGGUUUCCUCUUUCUUUUCCUGUACAUGUAGCCAGCUUUGUUGUCAGACAAUGUUGCCUAGUCUUACAAAAUGUGGUGUCAAUAACCAUUUGCUGUGUAAACAGAUGAGAGUUAGCAAAUUAAAGAGUGAAGUUCACAAGUAGCUGUUUCUCUCUCAGAGGAAAGGUAGUUUUUUUAAAAAAAGUAUCCUGUAAGGUAUUCUUCAAAUAGCAUGAUGGUGACCUUUACGGAACAAAUUGUUUAUUAAGAAAUAAUUAUUACAAAAAGGCAUGUGCUCACAGUGCAUUUAGUGUUUUUAGAGGCCUAUAACAUGGUUUAACAUCAAUAUGGAACUCUGGAUGUCUUUGCUUAUGCUUACACUAAAGUAGCUACACUGUUUAGUCUGUGUGUGAAACUUCAGCGGUUAUGCUUUUCUCUACUAAUCUUGGUGUUGGGCGACUGUGUAUUUGUCUUUCUAACUUCUAAUAAACUCACUCCAACUGA